CUGUCCUUGCGUUCAAUCCGCACGCGGGACCCAACUCGAUACAUCGCGAUUUUCAUAACAAAACCCUAUCGCUUCUAAGGUCAUGUUUAUGCCAGACAGAUGUAGCGGGAAUCGCUGAGAUUUGCUGCAACCGACAAUGUUUCAAACGGUGAUUCUCUGCUUGAUACCAAGAAGGGGCAGAAAGGAAGGAUACAAGAUACAAAACGAGAAUUAUAUCAUAUCAUGCAAUUGAAAACGAUUGCUAGAAAAAAUGGAUUCCAAAUCAACAGUUUGCACCGAACCGUCAACAUCAUAUGAAAUGGAAGUGACAAGAGAAGAUAUACAGAAAGAAGCGAAAACAAAACCUGCCCUAUCUAGCGGAAAGAUAUUUUAUAAGCCAGGUGCUAUUGAGGAAGCUACAGAUGAGACGAGCGUGUAUGACAGCUCUGUUGUUGAAACCCCAAUGCUGGGGUAUACUGGAAGUGGAAUUUUGAGACCUCAUUCUAUUCAUCCAGUGAACAGCCUUCACAGAAUACCAACGUACAGCAGCUCAAUUGGUCACAGCACUAUAUAUCGAGUUGAUACAUGUAGGAAUCGCUUGCACAGACAUGGCGCAUCUAGACGAACAAGACGACGUGCCAUCCUUAAAAAUGGAGAAUGUAAUAUACUCAAAUCGAAAAUUCAACAAAGAAGUCUACGGUUUCUUCAGGAUAUGUUCACAACCCUUGUGGAUGCCCAGUGGAGGUGGACUCUGCUGGUAUUCACGCUUUCUUUUAUCCUGUCCUGGCUGGGUUUUGCACUUAUUUGGUGGUUGAUUUCGUUUACCCACGGCGAUCUCGAGGAAGACCAUUUGCCACCGAUGCAAGAAUCUUCGAACUGGAAGCCGUGUGUGUUUAAUAUAUUCGGUUUCACAUCCUGUUUCUUAUUUAGUAUAGAAACCCAACAUACAAUUGGAUACGGUGCACGCACAACUACAGAAGAGUGUCCUGAAGCUAUUUUCAUUAUGUGCUUGCAGAGUAUUGUAGGUGUUAUGAUACAAGCGUUCAUGGUCGGCAUAGUAUUCGCAAAGAUGACGAGGCCGAAACAUAGAACACAAACAUUAUUAUUCUCGAAGUAUGCAGUGGUGUGCCAGAGGGACGGUGAACUCAGCUUAAUGUUCCGCGUCGGCGACUUGAGGAAGUCCCACAUUAUUGGCGCGAGUGUAAGGGCUCAAUUAAUACGUUCAAGGACUACUAAAGAGGGAGAAGUACUGUCUCAUUAUCAAACAGAACUGGAAUUACACGCAGAUGGAUGCGACAGCAAUCUGUUUUUCAUAUGGCCAAUCACAAUGGUGCACAAAAUAAACGCUGACAGUCCGUUCUACGGCGUUUCAGCCGCGGAUGUACUCCAAGAGAGAUUUGAAAUUAUUGUCGUAUUAGAGGGAACAAUUGAAUCGACAGGACAGACGACCCAAGCGCGCUCUAGUUAUACGACAAGUGAAAUUAUGUGGGGUCAUAGAUUUAUGCCAAUAGUGUCAUACAAUCGUGAACGUCAAGGGUAUGAGGUGGAUUACUCCAAAUUCGACGAGACAAUGCAAGUAGAUACUCCUCUUUGUUCGGCAAAGGAGUUGGACGAUUUCUACGGGCAUCAAGCGGACCAUAGAUCUAUUGAGAGUUCGGAACCCAUGAUGCUCAAGCUACCAGAGAGACAUAAAGAACCGAAGACUCCGGAACCUAAAGCCGAACAAACAAAUGGAGACUUUACUGUAACUUUGUAAAAAAACAAAAUGUCUUAGAAUAUCCUGCAAAACGCUGAAUUGUUAUUCCACUAAGUUUCUGUAACGUCAUGUAUUUUACAAAAUCUAUAACAAAUCAUCACAUUUAGAUAUAUGUACAUUAUUUAACAAGAUUUUUAACGCAUCUAGUAUGUAAUUUAUUAUUGUAACUAUAUUAAAAAUGUGUAAAUGACUAAGGUUGGGUUGCAUCAUAUUAUUAGCUGUUAUAGUUAAGGUUUACUUCAUAAUUAUCGUUAACAGUAACAGUUUAACAUAGGCUGCAGAAUGUGUUGAAAAAUCGUAGUCCUUGGCAUAGUUAAAGUUAAAGAGUGAAAUAUGAAGUCAAUAUCGAAUAUUUAUUUGAAACUUUUGACAGGCUGCUAUUUAGCUAUUUAGCAUUAUCAAUCGCUUUAUCCGGCGAAGAUUGGACGGUUAAAGUUAAAACAUUGAAAGUUAUAACGUCAUCUAAAAAUUGUCAAAUGUUGCAAGAGAUUUUUUGCUUAACCAGUCCCUUAACAAGUUUGUUAUUGCUAAAGUUAAUUGAUGCAACUCAGCCUUAUGUAAAUAAAAAAAUAAUGUUCUUCCUUUAUUGUCAAAUAUUUGUAUUAUAGUUGAUAAAAAUGAGAAAUGUACUGUGUGUGAUACUGUGAGCACACUCAUAAAUAGUUUUCAUGGAUUAUAAAUUCUUUUAUCACUCCAUGAACUUGUUUAUACUAUACAAAAAUUAGGACACUGAAGAUAAUAUUUGUCAAAUAGAAAAUAUCUUUCUAUAUUCGAUUACCAUAUUAUCAACGAAACAAUCGUUUUCGAAUCUCAUCUAUUUCAACGUGUUAACUAAGGUAUCUAAUAACUUAAAAUAUAUCUCCACAGUGGAUAUACUCGUAUGUAAUAAAAUUCAAUACAAAAUAUCAUAUGUUAGUUACAUAUUAUUCUAUUUUACUAGUCAGUUGGUAGUUAUAAAUGCACAUUGUUCGUAGAAAACAUAAUAUUAAAAUAAGCACUGUAGUUAUUUCUAUGUUAGUUCAUGCAUAUGUUUAUUGUGUAUACUGUUAAAUGCUCGAAUACGUUGUGAUAUUUUCAUUCCGUUUGUAAAGCUGUGGAUACACUGUGAUAUAGCAAUGCUUAUGGCAAAAUAAUUAAAGCAUUACCUAGGAUAAACAAGAUUUAUGGCAAUAAUUAAUAUAGCACAAGGCAAUAUCCUGCUUACUGCCUUGAGCUAUAGUUCCGGCGGUUAACUUUCGCUCAUCAAAGAACGCUAAGUACAACCACAUCGCUUUAAGCGAGGAAAGUAAAGCGGAAAUUAGUGCCAUAAUUAUUGCGGUAGCAGGGCGGUAGAUGAUAAGGUAGUGUGUCCGUAGCAUUACUUUAUAUAAAGUGCCCAGACCACUCAGUAUUGACCUGAAGACCUACAGUAGGUACCAAAUCGUACUUUCAAUCGAAGCUCAUUACUCUGUCUAGAAAUUGAACAGUCUAUAUUUGUACCUGUGGGUAUAUAUCAACUGAAAUAAAAUUGCGUAGACUGCAAUUUUUAUUUGAAGUCUGUCACUUUCGUUCGGGUAAAGUUGACGGGGAAGGGAGUGCAAAAUUUAGCAAAGCUAUUUAAUUUCAACGGCCGUUUUCAAUAACGUAUCUCAAGUUAGGGAUAGAUUGCUAUCACCGUUUAAUGACAAGAUCUUAUCUAUCCAUACUUAUGUCCAGUAUAGUUAUAUUAUUAGUUGUAGUCCAACGCUUUUAGUCGAUAGGUUAUUGAAAUGUAAGUAAGCCUAAAAGGAUAGAUUUGUCUACCUCUAGUAAGUUAUACUAAGGAUAGAUAGGUUAUUGAAAACGGCCGUAUAUGUAUAUUAGUAAAUAUAUCUAUAUAAAUAAAUAUAGAACAAAAACGGAUAUGUAAUUCGUAUUAAUUUUUACGUUACGUUAAUUAAGUGUUUAUUGGAUUGUCUUAUUACUCAAUCAAAACUUUGAAACGGCUUGAAAUAUUUUGACAGGACUUUCACUGGCAGAUUACUUCUUAUAAAGAAGUCUUUUUCUACUCAAAAAAAUAAAUGAAUAAAAUCACCUAAACGUUAUUAUAUAAGGGAAAGUUGCCGCAAGUCAUUAUACCUGAGUAGUGAAGUCUAUUUAUUUGUGUGUCUUCAGUAAUGUAUUUGGAUGUUUUCAUUUCAUUAACUCAUAUGUAAGAUGAAAUAUUUACUAGAUUUAAGCACAUUUCAAACGUAAAUGAAUAAUAUUUUAAUUAAGUUAGUCACAAAUUAUUGUUAUUGCAUAUUUUAUGUAAAUAUUGAACGAAUAAUUUAUGUUGUGGCGUU